AUGAUGGAAUUGAAGAGACUUCGGGAGAAGGACGCACAUGAGCUGUCACUCCUAAGGAAGGAGAAUGCGGAGCUUAGGAGCGACAACCGUUCCUGGCAUCCAUCCCGUGGCACCCCGAACACUCAGUCAACACAUGACCAAGGAGAAUCGUCGGGAUGGUACAAGGAGACCAAAAUCCCUCAGCCUCCCGGCGGGGUGACGACGACGACCAUGGAUCAGCAAAGACGGCAAGGGAAAUCACCAUUCACUCCCGACAUCGUCGGAGCCCGAUUGCCGGACAACUGGAAAAACUUGGCUUUAGAAAGAUAUGAUGGAACCGUCGACCCCGAAGAACACCUCGAUGCAUUCGUUACUCAAGUCUGGUUGUAUACCGACGACGACGCUAUCAUGUGUAAAGUCUUCCCUACCUCACUGAAAGGGCAGACACUUAAUUGGUUCACAAGACUCCCACCAAGAUCAGUGGACUCGUUCACAACCUUAUCUUCCCGAUUUGUAAUACAGUUUGCCACAAGCCGUCCUCACCAGCUCACCUCGAUCGCAUUGGUCAACAUCCGCCAGGAAAAGAAGGAACUGCUAAGGACCUUCACGGAGCGAUUCGGGAGGAUGACAUUGUCGACCCGAGAUCUAGACCCAGCAGUGGCAAUGCACCACCUUACCACGGCAUUGAGACCAGGCCCUUUUGUAAACAGCCUAUGUAAAAAACCGCCUCAAGAUCUUGACGACCUUAGGCAAAGAGCUACUAAGUAUAUGCAGAUGAAAGAGUUGGCCGAGUUCAAAAAUCAGAACCGGACCGACCUUUUUCCCGGAAAGAAAGAAGUUGAAAAGGAACAUCCUCCAAGGCCUCGCCCUUGGGACGCGCCUGAUCGAGAAAGAACCAACAGGGGGCUUCGAUAUGCACAAUACACGCCGCUCAACGCCAGCAGGACCAAGGUGUUGGAAUAG